AUGGCGACAAAACAUUUUUAUCUCUUGGGCGAGUCACCGUCAACCGCCAGAGAAGUUGAGCUGCCGCCGGCUGUGGAAUUUGAGGAGCUUCAGAACAUUGUCGCGUCUCACUUUGCCAUUGUCAAGCCAAAUGGCGUUGGCUUUGUUUACGACGACCGAAGACUCACUGCAGUAUCCGAAGUCUUAGACAAUGACGAGCCAAUCGCCGUCUCCAUCAACGGCAAUUCUGUUCGAGAUGUACCCGGUCCAGCUGGUAUUCCAUACUUUGGUAAUUACCUCGAGAUUUACCCCGACCACCUCGGCAACCAUCAGCGACUGUUUGAGAAAUAUGGGCCAUUAUUCGUCACAAACAGCAUGGGCAACCGCCUCUACCAGACCAACAGUGCCGAACUUUCCAACAUCUUCCUGGCCGAAGACCACUACUUCACAAAGGACAUCGUCCCCGGCCAUCCCCUCCACCCAAUCAAGAACCAAGAAGCAGGCGUCUUUCUAGCAGAUACAGACACAGAACAAUGGCGUCUUGCUCACAAAUUCCUCCCGCCGGCGCUUGGGCCAAAGGCAGUUCGUCACUACGCUCCAACGAUGCAGAGAACAGUAGAGCAAUCCUUCAAAGUCUUUGAUGAGCUUGACGAAAAGGGCGAAGCGUGGAACGUCUACCAGUAUAUGCUGAAGCUUGGCUCGCAAGCAGUUGGUAAGCUUGUUCUAGGGAUGGACUUUGCGCAUUUUGAGGAAGUCGACUCGCCGCUGCAUGAGAUGGUCCUCAAGAUUGCUGAGAACUUGGAGCUGAAUAAGCGUGUGUCGUCUAUGGGAGCGUGGUAUGCCAAAAUGCCGUUCGGUGAUCCCAAGAAGGUGAGAGAUACGAUGGCUAGGAUCAUGGAGAUGAUGACGGAGUCGAUUGCCAGAGCUUCAAAGGGGCAGGAGGAUCUGGAGCUCCAAGAUGCAGCGCUCAAGGCUGAAAAUGUUGUUGAUUACUUCCUCCGGGCCAAGGACAACAAGGGCAGCAAGCUUCCGCCCUCCCAAUUCGCUCCGACCCUGCUUGUAGCUACAGCCGCCGGCUUCACCACCACGUCGUCCUUGCUAUCCUGGCUGAUAUACAGUCUUGUCAAAUACCCAGGAAACCAAGACCGCCUUCUUCAGGAACUCAUCGACAAUGACUGGGAUGACAAUACCCAAGUCACAGCCGAGACAACCAGCAAGCUCAGCUUCCUAGAUAAGUUCAUCAAGGAAACCCAACGCUUGCACAAUCCCUCCUUUCAGCCUGGCCGCACCGCCAAAGUUGAUAUGAUCUUACCAGGAGGCUACAGAUUGCCUAAAGGCGCAGUAGUUAUCUCAGCACUGCAUCACAUGCAUAACAACAAAGACGUAUGGGAGAACCCGGGGCGUUUUGACCCUGAUCGCUGGGAUACAGAACAAGUUAAGAAUCGACCCCCAGGCUCCUAUAUCCCGUUCGCCACAGGCCCAAGGAUGUGCGUCGGUUUCAACUUCGCGUUACAGGAGAUCAAGGUGUUUUUACCGAAACUUGUUUAUCGGUACAAGUUCAGCUUGGCGCAGGAUGGGCCUAUUGAGUAUGAUCCUUAUUUUCAGCUGAUUCGACCGAACAAUUUUGUCAACCUCUUGCCUCGACGUCAACUGGGCAUCGCCCUCGCUACACUCUCGGCAUCUUUACUACUCGUCAUAAUCGAUCAGAAUGGAAUAUCAGUAACUCUCCCCACCAUCGCGAAAGAUCUAAACGCCGAAGCCACCAUCUCAUGGGCUGGUACUUCCAGUCUUAUCGCCAAUACUUGCUUUCAGAUGCUCUAUGGUAGACUAUCUGAUGUUUUUGGUCGGAAGGUCGUUUUCGUGUCUGCAGCUUUGUUACUCUGUGUUGCAGAUCUGCUUUGCUCGCUGAGUCAGAAUGCGAUUAUGUUUUAUGUCUUUCGAGCCCUCGCCGGUAUCGGCGGCGGUGGUGUUCAGAACCUUGUCAACAUCAUCAUCUCGGACAUCGUCACUCUUGAGCAGAGAGGAAAGAUUCAAGGUGUUGUUGGAGGCACUGUUGGAUUAGGCAAUGUCAUUGGGCCAUUUAUUGCAGCGGCAAUCAUGCAGAAGUCGUCUUGGAGAGCGUUCUUCUGGCUUUUGACACCGCUAUCAUUUAUCACUGCUGCCCUGGCCUAUUUCUUUCUCCCCUCCAAACCUCCAACGAUUGGCUUUUGGGAAGGAAUUUCCAAGAUUGAUUGGGUUGGUUCAUUGGUAUCAGGCGCUGGUAUUGUCCUUCUUCUGAUCCCCAUCUCCGGAGGAUGGGAAUGGAAGAUGGCAAAGCUUCCAAUGAUGCCCAUUGAUAUCUACAAGAACUCAAGUCUGGCUAUUAUGCUUGCGCAGAAUUGCCUGCUCGGCGCUGUCUAUCAGUCCUACCUCUACUACGUUCCUCUAUAUCUCCAAAACCCCCACCAGUACAGUGCCAUCAAAUCAGCAGCAGUUUACACCCCAUUGGUGGCAGCUCAAAUGAUUGCUUCUAUUGCUUCAGGACAGUACAUUAGUAGACGUCUUAGAUACGGUGAGGUAAUCAUAUUCGGCUUUGCUAUCUGGACGCUACAUACCAGCCCUGCCGUUAUUACUGUUAUACUGGCCAUCGUUGGGACCGGUGUCGGGUGUAUCUUUCAACCAACCUUGAUCGCAUUACAAGCACAUUCACCCAAGAGCCGUCGUGCAGUCAUCAUAUCUAACAGAAACUUUUAUCGUUGCAUCGGAGGAGCAUGUGGCCUUGCUGUCUCUGCGGCAGUCCUCCAAGCUCAAUUACGCGCUACUCUGCCAACUGAGUACAAGAGCCUCGCCAGUUCCACAUACGUUCUUCCUGAGCCAAUGCGCAAAGUUCCGGGCGUUCUGGAUGCAUACAUGUCGGCGAGUCACAGCGUUUUCAUAUUACAGGUUCCUUUGAUCGGGUUGUGCUUACUUGGCACGGCUUUUAUCCGAGACCGAGGGCUCGAUCCGGUAAAGGAUACGUAA